ACACUGUCUGAAGGCAUUGUUUUUGGCAUCAUUAUGCUGCAGUAAAAUUUAGAGGAUUUUCUUCAUAAUAGCAUAAGCCCAGAAGAUCGAUUAGAAGAUGCCGAAGGAUCUCGCCAUAAAAAAAUAAAAAGAGAACCACAAACAAAAUGUCCGGAAGAAAUCCCAUUCAAGUCGAUGCAUUUGCCGAAGAAUCACUGAUGUCACCAAAUCAAUAUUCAAGAAAUGUUUCACUUUCCAAAAUACUUUGUGCUAGCGGAGUAACGAUUUGUGCCAUCAUCAUUAUCGUCACCAUGGCAACCUCCAACCCUGACCAUCACCCCGCUGUUUGGAACAUCAUGGCGGUAACAAGUAUCAUAAGUACGAUAGUAACCAUUGUGAUAUGGAACAGAUUGCGCAUGCGUGGUAUCAACUCCAUUGCUUACAUCGUUUCAGAUGUUGCGAUAAAACCAAAAAUCCUAUUUUUAUGGAUGUUUGGGUUUGCUAGAAUAUUGUCUUCUGCUUUACAACUUGCAACUGGCUUCCACUGCAUUCAACUAAGCGCAAUCCAACUGUUUCCCGGGGAAUUUGUUUUAUCUACACUGACGAGCUUUUCCGACAUUGCUUUUGUCAUUUCUCAGUUAAGUUUCUUAAGUUCGUAUUCAACAUGCAAACUGAAAAAAGAUACCAUAGUCAAUAUCGGACUUUCAACGAUCAUUCUGACUCAUAUAGUCCAAUGGUUUAGGACGUUGUUUUCAACUCUAUCAAAAAACAAUUUGAUAAACAACUCAAUGGCAAACGACACCAAUCACACAAGUUGUUUAAAUAGCAAUGAAUUUAAAAGCCUAAUGGAAAAUAUUUCCCCAUACAUAGAACCCAUGUCUACAGAAUACAGUUUACUAGCUGUGGGGAUUGUAUUGCGUUUGCUACCAUCAUCGAGUGAUGGUCACGUCUCGCCGACAUCCAUUGACAAGCAGACGAUUCAUCGAUGGUUGGAAUCCCAAAACGGCCCGGAGGAGCGCACCUCAUUGCUUCCAGUGCUUGGGCCCUCCAGUUCAAGGACAGUGCAAAGAUACAAUUCCUGUCAAUGUGACUCGUCAUUAAGAGAAGACUUAACUAUUUCCGCCCAGCUUCAAGUACCGUCGUUUUACCGCUGUCUUUUAGCCGCAUUUUUAACGUGUCUUCCGAUUUUAAUAGCAGUGAUUCUAAAUGCUUCCUGUGGGUCUGAUAUUCAGUUAGGUUUAGGAGUAAUCCAGUUCAUUUUCAAAGCUGAACUUGCCGUACUAGUCAGUUUAAACUUCUAUCUUUGGUAUACCCAAUUCAAACGGCAAAACGUUUAUAAUGACAGGUAUGAUGGAAAGAUUAUUCUCUUGUUAAGUACAGCAGGCAUGUUGUUAUACACGACAUUUGGACUUAUUGCGGGAAGCGUGGUAGACGAUCGAGGACUUUCUUACAUUGCGACGUUUCUCAUUCUUCAGAAACUUCUAGAAAUGUUCGUGGUCGUGUGCCAGACGUCGCUCAUCAUUAAAGCACAGAAUUUACACGUUCAUAAUUUAAACCCAGAACCAAAAUAUAUUUCGGCGGACAAAAUGUUCUACAUGUUUUUCUUGAUCCGGGUCAUCAUGUGGGUAGCAGACAGUUACAUUGGCAAAAACACUCAAAAGAUCAUGCCAAUCGAAACGGAAGUGUACGGUAAUAAAUACUGGAAGACUAUUAACGAUAUGCUUUAUCCGGUUACCAUGUUCUAUCUGUUUCAUACUUCAAUCGAUUUCUAUCAGUUAUACAAGAAAUACGAAGGAUUGUAUACAUAAUUUGAAAUGUUUUCUUCUUUAAUAUUAAAAGUUUCAAAACUACCAUUAACUAAUAAGCAGAUAUAUGUUUAACUGUUUUGUGUAUUUAUAACAUAUGAGGAUAUCUGCUACAUAGCAUAUUGUUUGAGAUUCUUUGGGCAUUUCAUUAUACACAAGUAAUUUU